AUGGAUAAUGUCAAUAAAUAUCGUAUCUGUAUGGUUUCGGAUUUUUUCUAUCCAUUAAUUGGUGGUGUUGAAAAUCAUAUCUAUCAAUUAUCUCAAUGUUUAAUUGAACAAAAUCAUAAAGUGAUUGUUGUUACACAUGCAUAUAAUGAUCGUGUUGGUGUUCGAUAUAUGGUAAAUGGACUUAAAGUCUAUUAUUUACCCUAUAGACCAUUUUAUAAUAAUACAAUUUUACCUACUGUUUUCAGUACAAUACCAUUAGUUCGUUCGAUUUUACUUCGAGAACGAAUAACAAUUGUUCAUGGACAUUCUUCAUUUUCAACAUUAGCACAUGAAACAAUGCAUCAUGCUAAAACACUUGGUAUUCGUACAGUAUUUACUGAUCAUUCAUUAUUUGGUUUCGCUGAUUUAAGUUCAGUACUAACAAAUAAAAUUCUUCAAGUAUCACUUGUUGAUUGUCAUCAUAUUAUUUGUGUUUCACAUACAUGUAAAGAAAAUACAAUGUUACGUGCUAAUUUAAAAUCAUCUAAGAUAUCUGUUAUUCCAAAUGCUGUUGAUUCAUCAGCAUUUACACCUGAUAUAACUCUUCGCCCAGCAUCCGAUGAAAUUGUUAUUAUUGUUGCUAGUCGACUUGUAUAUCGAAAGGGAAUUGAUUUAUUAAUUGGUAUUCUACCAAAAAUACUACGAAAAUAUUCCAAUGUUAAAUUUAGAAUUGCUGGUAAUGGACCAAAAGAAAUUGAUAUUCGAGAAGUAAUUGAACGUGAAGGUACGGAAGAUCGUGUUGCAUUAGAGGGUUCAGUGAAUCAUGAUAAAAUGAGGGAUUUUCUUAAUAGUGGUCAUAUAUUUUUGAAUACAUCGUUAACAGAAGCAUUUUGUAUGGCUAUUGUUGAAGCUGCUGCUUGUGGUCUUCUUGUUGUUUCAACUAAAGUCGGUGGAAUUCCGGAAGUACUUCCAUCAGAAGAUACACAAUCAGAUAUUAUGAUUCUAUGUGAAGCAAAUAUAAAUGACGUUUUUAUUGGUUUAUGUAAUGCUAUUGAUAGAAUAAAACUUGGUCAAAUACCUAAUGCUAAUCAAUGGCAUGAUAAAAUAAAAAAUUGGUAUUCAUGGCGUUAUGUCACACAGAAUACAGAAGUUGUUUAUAAUCAUAUAAUGACAAAAGAAUCAAUUAGUCUUAAAGAACGUAUUCAACGAUAUAAACAAUGUGGAUUUGUUAGUGGUUUUGUUAUGAGUUUUGUAGCUAUUAUUGCGUAUUUAAUAUUUCUUUUUCUUGAUUAUCAUCAACCUAAAAAAUUAAUUGAUCUAUCUGUGGAUUAUAUGAAUUUAAGAAAAAAUCAUUUUGAAUUAUUAGCUAAUGAACUUAUACAUGAAGUAUUAGAUUAUUUAUCACCAAUUCAUAUAAUAAAAUGUUUUAAAAAUUUAAAUAAACGUUUUUCUCAUUUAAUUUCUCAACGUUUAUUAAAAGUUGACUUAACACAUUUAUCAAAAAUUCAAUAUAAUGAACUUAUUCAAAUUUUACCACUCAAGCAAAUAAAUUCAUUAAAAAUCUCAAAUAGAUGGACAAUCAAUAUAGUUAAACAUAUUCCAUUUAAAUCUAUGAAUAAUCUUCAAGUAUUAAUAUUGGCACAUAUUAGUUAUAAUGAAUUACGAUAUUUAUUUGAACCGAAAAAUUUAUUUUUAAUUUUUCAACAAUUAAAUAUUUUCAAAAUUCAAUCAACAAAUAUUAAUGGUCUUGAUCGAGAAAGAAUAUUUGUAUUAAAAAAAAUAUUUUCUCAAAUGCCUAAAUUACGGUUAUGUCAAAUACCAUUAAUUGAUGUUAAUGAUUUUGAUGAUUUAACACCUUCAUUUACAUUAGAACGAUUAAUUAUUGAUUAUUGUACAAUGAUGUGUUUAGGUAAAUAG